AUGCCUGCGACACAAGCUGCGAAGCGGAAGAAGACCGUGGACAUGACAGACUCACCUCCCAAACGUGUAACGCGCGCUCGCGCGAAGACUACCAAUAGCGACGAUGUAGCCUCGAAGCCCAGGGCAACAAAGAUUACUACAGCCUCCGCCAAAGCCGCCGCCAUGAAGAAGAAGCCAGCAGUGCAAGCUAAAGCAGUUAAACGCAAGACUCGAGCCGACGACGAGGAUGGUGAAGCGAUUGAUGGAGCAGUGCUCGGACAAGAAAAGAAGCCCGGGCCCACGAAAGCAGUAGGACGAGCGAAGAAUGGUGACACGGAUGAGAAAGAGGAGGACCAAAUGCCAGACGCACUGAGGACGAGAGCUCGUCCAACAAAGGCGCCCGCGGCCGAAGUCACUGAGCUGGAGGCUCCAAAGACAAGGGGCCGCCCCAAGAAGACGUUAGAAAUCACGCCUGCAGUCUUAGAGGUUCAAGAGGAAAUAGAGAAGCCGGAGCCAGUGAAGAAGACUACUCGCGGACGUCCAAUCACCAAUGCGACGAAGACACCAUCAAUCGCCCCAGCCACGAGACCAGCGGCAGCCGCGCAAAAGAAGAGGGUCAAGUUUCAACAAGAACCAGACAAGGAAAACGUUCCGAUAGAGACUGAAGGGCCAAAGAAGUCCGCCAUGAAACCAACAGGACUAAAAGCGAAGCCAGUCCGCAAGCCAGCGGCAGCACGAGCUACUACCCGUGGUAGGAAAAUUGUCACGCCGACUACUCAAGAAAGUCAGGGGCUUGAGACAAAGGAUGUACUGCCCUUGUCGCCAAAGAAGGUCAAUCAAAUUGCCAAGAGUGACCCAAUAAUUUCGGAGGAUGAGCUUGCCGGCGAGAAAACGCCCAUCAGAGCUCUUAGCAAGUCUCCCGCCAAACGAAUUAUGAGUCCAGUCAAAGACUUCGGUAGCGUCUCCAAGUUGAACUUUGCCCAAGACACCGCGCCAUCAUCACCGUUGAAGCCUACGUCGUCGAGCAUAUUUGCAAGCCCAGCUCGGCGACCGCCAACGUCACCAUUCAAGGACGCGCUCAAGAGUUCUCCUAAGAGAGUGCAACUUGGAGACCCCAUAGCUCAGCCCGUGCUUUUGUCAUCGCGUACUCCCAUGAAAGCCUCAUUUCUGCAAGAAUCGCCAAGAAGAGGAACUCUUCGAGACAACAUGACACAGCCAAUACUUCUCCCUUCCAAGUCACCGUUCAAAAUAUCAUUGCUGCAAGAAUCGCCAAAGAGAGUGAGAAUGGAAGAAAAGACAACGCAGCCCAUACUUGUCCCUUCCAAAUCGCCGUUCAAGGCUUCGUUGCUGCAAUCUCCUGCGCGCCGCCCAACAGCUUCACCUACGAAGUCAACAGGGCUUGGCUCGCCAGUCAAGUCUAGUAUGAAAGCAGCGGCAUUGCACGCCGCCAUCACCUCCAGACAAAGCAGUCCCUCGAAGGCUCCAAGCCUUUCACCGGAGAAGGUCGUUAGCAGUCCCUUCCGAGCAGCCAGGUCUCCGGAGCAGACUGUCAAGGUUCAUACUAUCACGGACGAAGAACGCGAGGUGGACGCAGAAGAGGACGAUUUCCCAGAAUUUCACUCUGAAAGCCCAAUCAUAGACGUUGCCGCUGAAGCCGAGUCACCCUUGCGAACUACAGCGGCCACCUUUGAGGAGCCGGUAUCUUUUGACGAUACCAUCAUGAUCGACCAAUCCGAACCCGUCGCUCGCAGCGAUGACAUUUCAGAGAGCUCAAAGCCCGCAGAAACUCCUACGGUAUUCAAGGGUCCAGCCUUCUGGCUUGCUUCGGCCGCCUUAAGGAGAGUUUCCAUCGAGUCUGGGUCUGAAGAUGAGCUUGCGUCUCCAGACAAGGGAUACGGAUUCACCCCACUGCGCAGUCAUGGAGUCUCCGCAGAGGACUUUGGCACUCCUGCAGUCCUUGAUGGCCAGGACUCGGAUAUCUCUGAAGACCAACUAUCCUUUACCCCACUGGCGGAUCAACUGAGUUCGUGGGCUGCAUCUAGCCCCAACAAACAGAACGCGACAAGCCGUCCUCGUCAGACCCGCGGAAUGUUCUCACUUGGAGGUGUGAGUAUGAUCGUAGCUCCGGAGCAAACAAUCAGUGACAUUCCAACGGGAUCUCCUGCAAAAUCUUCGUUCUUUGAAGAUGAGAUGGUAAUGCGUGAUGGCGAAGAAGACGUUGAAGACACUUCAUUCGCGGAAAUGGACGUGGGCAAUGAACAUGAUAUUGCGGCCUUGCAGGUUAGCCAAGAGUCGCAAACAUCAGAAGAGUACGGAGAUGAAAAUGCAGUGCCAUCGGGUGCUGAAAGACUGCGGGCAGAGCAGGAUCAUACUUUGACUUGCACCCCAGCAAAAGUGUUCACACCUGCCAAGAAGAUCUCUCAACAACCUCGAGAGAUCCACACAGUCUCAAAGGUACCUCUGCGCGCUUCAGCUGAAGAUACUCCUCUCAUAGUGACUCGCCAACGAAGUCGAUCGUUUGGAGGUCCUUUGUCAGUGGUCAGCGAGCCUCAUCAUGCCAGGUUGAAGCAAUCCGAGAUACCCGACAAUGCCGAGAACGAGCAUGUGACCCUCGAUCGACCAGCUACGCCAGUGCUGGCAGCGACCACCAUUCCCCAAACGCCUGGCAGUGCUAUGAGGCUCGAUGCUGAGACUCCUGGGCGAACUGCGCGGAAAGGGGUUAUUCCAGACGUUCUUCAGGGCGCGGUUGUCUUUGUUGAUGUGCACACAUCUGAGGGCGCAGACGCCAGUGGGAUCUUCGUUGACCUUCUGACCCAAAUGGGUGCUCGCUGCGUCAAGCAAUGGUCAUGGAAUCCAAGAGCAAGCAUGGGCAGCUCUCUCAACAGCACCACUCCCGAGGCAGCUUCGCCAGACACCACCAAAGUUGGUAUUACCCACGUCGUCUACAAGGAUGGUGGGAAGCGGACUUUGGAAAAGAUUCGGAGCAGCAACGGAGUAGUCUUGUGCGUCGGGGUUGGCUGGGUCUUAGACUGCGAGCGUGAGGACAAAUGGCUCAACGAAGCAGACUAUGCCAUCGACACAUCCAUGAUCCCUCGUGGUGGCUCUCGCCGUCGCAAAUCAAUGGAACCGCGAGCGCUUGCCAACAUGAACGGCAAUCUGAUCACUGCUAGCAUUGAAACACCAGCCAAGAUCUCCUCAGAAAACGAGAUAUCACCUACGACAGAAUUCCUCACCUUCGAUACUCCGGCUUCUCGCAGAGACACAUUCAUCAUCGAACGGCAAAUAGCGCGAGAAGAGGAGCCAACGGUAGCGCCGGCAACUCCCAUCGCGGCCUCGGCGCAGGACGAUAUGCUCGAAGACGGCUCUACAUGGGGCUCGCCUACCACACCAUACUACCUAUCCAAGGGCGCAGAGUUGGUGCAGCGCACGUGCCCGCCAAAGCAGAUGGGGUUUCCUGUCAACGGGGAAAUUGAUGAUCAGCCGGAUGAGACGGUUCGAAGGAGGCUGCUGGAAGCGAGAAGGAAGAGUAUGCAGUGGGCUUCACGAAUCAGAAGUCCGCUGGGAAGAACAGUCAGCUAUGGGAAAUGA